GUUACAUAUACUUACAUACAUAACUAAAAAUUAUCUAUAAAGAAUAUAUUUAAAAUAAAAUAUAAAUUUACAUAUCAUUCUCACAAAAUAAUUAAUUAUUUAUGUAACAGUUGUACAACUUGAUAAUAUAAUUAUAUAUUUUAUAAAGAUAAUUAUCAUUAAAAAAAAAAAAAUAAGCAAGUUGGCCGAUACUUGUAUUAAAAAAUUACAUAACCUCAAAAAAAUUAAUUUCUUCAGUUAUCAAGAAGAAAGAAACAUGAAUUUUGUUUAUUCGAAAACAAAUAAAAUAAAAUGUAGAUGGGAAAUACCUUCUAAUAAUAAUUAUCGAAGUGAAAAAAAUUACUUUAUAAAACCUUUAAAUUAUUGUUUGAUAACAGUAGUAAUGGACUACGAACCAUCAAAUUCAGAUGUAAUUAUAGAAGUAAACAGAGAAUACAAAAUAGUACCGGGAACAGUUGCCGUUGAAGUUUAUUCAAAUAACAAAAUAAAAUACUCUGAAAUAAUAGACCAUUGGUUUGAAAACAGCUUAAAUGUAUUUGUUCCUAACUGUAGAAAUUCAAUUGAUAGUAUCGACAGUUCCUCUGAGGAUUCUGCAGCGAUGUUAGAUGAUUCCCAUGACAAUAAUUACAUAAGAAUAAAAUGCGAAAUAACAUGGCUGGGAUGUACAAGCGACGAUUGUUUGUCGUGUCCAUUGAUUUCAAAUUAUUUGAAUAAUGAUAAAGAGGAUGACUGGAAAAUUUUCUAUCUCGAUCGUACAUUGAGUGACGUCGUAUUGAUAAUAGAUGAAGAAGAAAUACCAGCGCAUAAAUUUGUUCUUGCUGCUCAUAGUCCUGUUUUUUUGGCAAUGUUCCAAUCAAAUAUGAAAGAGGCGCGCGAAAAUAGUAUUACUAUUGAAAAUAUUGAGAUUGAUGUUAUGAAAGAAGUAUUGAAAUUUAUGUACACUGGGGAAACAUCAGCUGAAGAUAAUUAUGAGCUUGCAUUGAAAUUAUUGGAUGUUACAGAUAGAUAUCAGAUUAUAAAAUUGAAAAAUUUUUGCGAAUCAACAAUAUUUCGAUAUCUGUCAUUGAACAAUGCGAUUUAUAUUGCUAUUGAAGCUGAAAAACACAAUGCUGACACACUACGUGAGAUGGCAAUUAAAUUUAUCGUUAAAAAUAUUGAUACUAUUGUUUUACUCAAUGAUUAUAAGCAACUGGGAUCCAGUCAUCCAGGAUUAAUGUCUGAAAUUAUCAAUUUAUUGAAAUAAAUUUUCAUUUAGUAAAAUAAUUAAUUGUUAAAACUCAUUGUUUAGAAAUUAGCAAUUGAAAUAAUAAUGGCAACUUAAUAAUGUUGCUCGUUAAAAAAAAUUUGAUGCACUUUUUAAUAAUUUAUUUAUUAUUAGUUUUGAUA